AUGCAGUCUCUACAAUCAUUUGCUUUCAUUUUAAUAUUUGUAAUUCUUAUGUUUAAUAUUUGUGAAUCUGAUGAUUGUAGUAGUAAACCCUUGAAAACUAUUACUGUUAGUCAAUCAGACAAAGCAAAUUUCAAAACAAUUCAAAGUGCCAUUGAUUCUGUCCCUGAAGGAAACUCUCAAUGGAUUCACAUCCAAAUAUCUUCUGGUGUUUACAAAGAGCAAAUAUAUAUUCCACAGAACAAACCAUGCAUUUAUCUUGAAGGAGUUAGUAGACAAACCACACGUAUAGAAUGGAGCAUACAUGAGAAUGCUACGUUCGAAACAAGAGCAAAUAAUACAGCUGCAAAGGGCAUUACUAUAGCGAAUACAUUGAACAGUCCAGUGUUAGAGGUGAAUGGCAUCACACAAGGUGUAGCUGCUAGAGUUCGUGCAGAUAAAUGUGUUUUCUAUAGUUGUGGUUUUCUUGGGGUGCAAGAUACUCUAUUUUCUGACAUGGGUCGUCACUACUUCAAAAAAUGUUUGAUCCAAGGUGGAAUCGACUUCAUAUUUGGGAAUGGUCAAUCGAUCUUUGAGGAUAGUAAUAUAUUUUUUUCGAUGGGCAAAAAUGGUCCGAAAACGGAUGGAGUUAUUACAGCACAUUAUAGAAAUUCACCAAAUGAUCCAAGUGGAUUUGUGUUUAAUAGAUGUAAAAUAAAUGGUUAUGUGGGAAAGUUUGAACUUGGGAGGGCUAUGGAAGCUUAUGCAAGAGUGAUCAUAGCAAAUUCUUACAUAUCAGAUUCUGUUAAACCUGAGGGUUGGAGUCCUAGAUAUCUUGUUGGCCAUGAAGCAAAUCUUACUUUUGUGGAGGAGAAAUGCUUUGGAGAUGGAGCAAACAAAUCGAAACGUGUGAAGUGGAUGAAGAGCUUGAGUGAGAUGGAACUUAAUAAGUUCUUGAGUCUCUCUUUUAUUGAUCAAGAAGGAUGGAUUUCCAAAUUGCCGGCGAACAUGUUGAGUUGA